UUCUUCCUCAUGCCCGUGAAGGAUGAAGGGGACCCAGAUUAUCGACAAAAGGAAGAAAUGCGCAGUGUUGUUAACGACCAAAAAAAAGAAACUUCCACUACUGAGAAGACGGAACAAUCCUUAACUGAAAUGCGGAGCAUUACCGAAGGUCAAAUGCAGAGCAUUGUCGGAGACCAAUUAGCCAAGCAAACCAAUCCUGCUGCUAUUAUUAGCAUGCAACAGGUGGAAGACCUGACCAACUUAUUACGCCAAAAAAAUAAGGCGGAUAAAGACAACCAAGCCAAAUUUUUUACCGAGUUAGAUGACAAGUUAGCUCAGCGAGGAAUAGAAGGAACUACUAAUGUGGGCAACUUCCGAGCCAGGCUGACAAUUUUGCUGAAAAAUUCUGACCCUGAAUCUAUUGCAGCUGCGGAAAAAUAUUUAGGAGUUAGGUUAGAGUUUACCCCUAGCAAAGAAAUUAUUCGUCCCAUUCGAACGGGGAUAGGUCAAGGCAAAAUGAAGCCUUUUUCCACUAAGCAUACUCUCAAAUUUUAUGACAAAAAAAUUCGGCAAACCAAAGACCCAGAAAAGAAAAAAAUUUGGCAGGCUUACCGAGCCACCAAGUUUGCCGAAAUCAGAAAAGAAAAAGCCGAACAAAGAAAGGUAAAGACUGAGCAAAAAAUAAUAGCCAAAACUGAAAGACAAAUUAAAAACUUAAAAACUAAAAAAGCUAGUUUAAAAAGAUCUUUUCACCGCUUAACUAAAUUACCUUAUAAAUCUACUCUUUCUGGCAAAAAAUACAAAUAUAAAGGUGGUUAUAUAAAAGCUUUAGAAAAAGAAAUUAAAUAUUUAAAAUCCUUAAAUACUCUGGCUCGGCUUUCUACUACUCCCAAAUCACGGUCUGCGGGCUUAACUAAGCAAGAAGGAACUAAACCCAUUUUAUCACUGCCACGCAGUCUAUUUGGUGAAUUAAAAAGCAAUGUUGGCACUACCUUAGCUAAAGAAAACAGUAAUGCAGGCUCUUCAUGGCUGAGGACGAAGAAGAAAAUGAUGAAUAAAGAAAAAAUAAUCGGAGGUAAUUCCAUUCUUAAUUCCCAACAACAACUAAUCAAAAAAUUAGUCAGCCAAGGACAAAACGUUUGCUUUACGGGACCUGCAGGAACCGGCAAAAGUUUUCUCUUACGGGAACUAAUUACCCUCUGUCAGACCAAAUACGGUAAAAAUAAAGUAGGUAUUACGGCUACUACUGGCACUGGGGCAGCGGUCAUUGGUGGCACUACUUUGGCUUCUUAUUUCGGGCUAAGAGCAGAUAGCCAUUUAGAACCCGAAAUUGUUUUAAAAAGAAUUCUUACUUCCCGCUCCGCUUACGCCCGCCAAAACUGA